AUGAACGGCGACUCGCGGCGCUGGUCUUUUUUCGCGAUGCGCUCCGUUGACGUUUGGCGCUGCGGCGAUCAGCCUGUCGCGGGCAGUGGGUCUUCACCGCCCCCUCUUGCCCUGCUGGUCUACCUCCUCGGGCCCACCGGCGCGGCGAUGGGACGCGACGUCUUUCGGUUUAUGGACGGGAGCGACCCGGCGCUCGGUCCACUCGUUGUCGUGACCGACUCCAGCCUCACCCGCCCGCCUCUGCUUCGCGGCCCGCCCGCCCGCUACACUUGCCGACUCCUGCAGACGCUGCCGGCAAUGGUAGCCGCUCUCGCUGGCGGCGGAGGCGUCGACUUCCCAAUCGACGCUCACUACUCGUCCGGCUUCGGGCUGGAGAAGCUCGAGCUGCUCCGCCACCUGCCCGUUGACGUGGAGGCGGCGGCGCUUCUCGACGCCGACAGCUUCUGUUUGGGCCGCUGCGCCUCCCUGCUGCGGCAGGCGCUGCUCGAGGCCAAGGGGGCGCAGCUUGUCGCGGUCGCGCGGACAAGCUCGCGGGUCAACCAGCUGCAGCGCGCCACUCGGCGAGGCGCCGCGCAGCUCUCCAUCCCGCAUCGCUCCGAGGGCGUCAACGCGGGCGUGCUCGUCCUCAACGCGAGCCGCUUCCGCGCAUUCGAGCGGGCCUACUGCCAGCGAGAGCCGUGGUGGCGCUGCGCGAUGCGCGAGGCCCCGCGCGGCGGCUACCGCGGCGUCGGUGGCGACCAGGCCGUGUGGAACGCGCUGCUGGCGCCGCGUCGCCACCUCUGGUCCCCGCUGCCCUGCGGGAUGCACUCGGCAGUCGACGUGCUUCGGGGCGCCGCGCUCCGCCUGGCCCGCGACCUCCGCUCGCCGCUCUGCAACCGCUCCACCGGGAGAGGAGUCCCGCGAUGGUCCGCCGCAGACGACUGCACGGUGGGCGUCCUGCCCUCCGACGCCGCGUUCGGCCCCGUCCCGCGCGGCCGCGCCGGCGAGCGGCCGAUCGUCGCGGUGGCGCACGGCGCAGCGCGCCUCCAGGCACUGGCCCAGCUAGUCGCUGCCCUCGAGUCGACGCGAGUGGAGGGCGGCAUUCCAGCCGUGAGGGCGAAGUUCGCAGGCGCGCUCGAGUCGCUCCCGUGCCGCUGCCUCGGCCACAUCACGGCGGAGCAGCUCGGCGUCGACACGGAAUGCAGACCCUUCUGGUGA